GUGUUAUAUUACUGUCCUGGUUUUAAAGAGGCCAUCAAAUCGUUGUGUCAGUUGGCUAAGCUGAAAGACAAACGGCGAGAAGAUGGUGCCAAAAAUGAGGGGGACACUGGUGAGAACACCCUACCUGUUCCCAUGGAGCUGCUGGGUAGUUUCCACAGCCUCAUUUCUUAUGUGGAACAGUUGCAAUCUAGCUUUCUGCUUAACUCAGAAAAAUACAGCGACGAAGAGCUUGCCACACCACCUCGCAAGCUGCUUAACACGCUCAGGCAGCUUAAUCCAAUGUAUGAGGGUUACUUGCAGCAUGAUGCACAGGAAGUGCUGCAGUGCAUCCUUGCUAACAUCCAGGAGGCCUGUGACAAUAUUAAAAAAGAGCAAACAGACAACCAGAAGGACAGCACAAUGAGCAAUGGAAUGGGGGAGUCUAACCAUGAGGAUGAUGGUAGCUCUGAUGGCCAGCUGAGUGGAAAGAGGAAGAGCGACACACAAGCAGGCAAUGCUAAGAAAAAGCCAAAAUCUCAAAGCAAAUCAAAGAAAAAUGAGGAAAACAUGCCUAUGAACUGCUCAAAACGAAAGUCCUCCAGCGACAUAACCACAGAGAGUUCUGACCAGAGGAAUGGAACUGAGGAGCAAGAGGAAAAAGAGCAACAGAAUGACAGAAGGAGCACUACAGAGGAGGAGAAGAAUGACAGUCCCCCAAAAGAGGUGGGCAAGAGGACAAGGAGAGGGAAGCUGGGCUGGUUGAAGCCAUCUGGGAAGCAGCCUAGCAUCUUCUCAAAGUUCCGCAGCAUGGGACGAAUUACUUCACAUGUAGGAGGGAGAGGAGAGACCAAGGAGAAAUCCGAUUGUAGCGUGCAAGAGAAGCAGGAGAAGGAUACCUCAGAGAAUGAGAGUAGAACUCAAGAAGUUCAACAGAGUCUGGAAAAGAAUAAAG